AGAAUCUUAAAUCCUCAAAGAUAUAUAUAUAUUAAUAAAAUUUUAUGGUGCAGAGUUGUUAAAUCAAAGCAGUACUUAAAACACACACUACAAGUCCCAACUGUUUGCUUUCUAUCUUCAUCUUCACUUGACUUGAGAUUACUUCACAUGGGACUUCCCUAACAGGAAAUGCGUCUUGAAGCGUUAUUUGGAUGAUUGAGAUAAACCGAUACUUUUAUGCUAAAUCGAAGAACAAGAAGAAAUCGAUCAAUGGAGAAAUUGCGUCUACCAUUACCCUAUGAUAUGGAAUGCAUGAAGAUGGCCAUGUUAAAGCAUGAAGAAACGUUCAAACAGCAGGUAUAUGAGCUUCAUAGGCUAUAUCAAAUCCAAAGGCUGCUGAUGAAGAACAUGCAAAGAAGCAUGCAGAAUCAAGAAACAUGGAGCUUGAAAAAUGGAAGCAUAAGCUUCGAUUAUCAAAACGAUUACAAUUUCAACAUCAACAAGCUUCAAACCCAAGAUUUGGAACAUGAGCCAGCAAGUAACAACGAGUAUGAGAUUGAAGACGAGAGUGAAAUCGAGCUCACAUUGGGCCCCACACGUAGGAGGAACAAUCACAAUCCGACACAGUUAAAUAUUUCAGAUUCCAUGCCAAGUUUUUCAUCGUCUUCAACAAGUUCGAGUCAUAAAAGCAGAAUUACAGUAGAAAAUUCAAGAGUUUUGAGCGUAGAAAAACAACUGAGACAAGUUGAUAGAUCACUCAACCAGCCUCCAUGGUUCCAUCGUGUUUUGAUUUGAUCAAGAAAUGAUUGUGGGCUUUAAUUAUUACUUUAUAAGAAGAAAGGAAAAAAAAAAAUAGUGCAUGCUUUAAAUUUGUUUGUGUGUGUGUGUUUUGUUUAGAUGUUAGUAACUUGGUAUUUCAUAUACUAGGAUUUGAAGUUAUAUAUGGUACGUUUUUAAUAUUUUAAUUAAAUUCGAUCUUUCGAGU